AUUAAAACCGGAUAUAGGAAAAUUGUAUUCUGGGAGUUAAAACACAACAGAAAUUUCAGAAAAAAAAUUUUGCUGACAUAAUUUAUUGAUAAAGAAAUACAUUUUCUGAAUAGACAUGAGGUUCAAGAAUAAGCACUAACUUUCUUUGUAAAAGAAAGCUCUACACGAGUGUCCAAACUUGAUUUAACCUUUUAGCCUUUGAAAAUAUAUGAAACAUCGCUUUCGAUUUUGAUUUCAGCUGAUUUUGGUCACAAUUUGCGACGUUUAUUGAAAGAAAAAUGAGCCGAAAUCAAGCCAGAAAAGAUACCAAAAUGAGGAUUAGGGCAUUCCCUAUGACUAUGGAUGAGAAGUAUGUAGACAAUAUUUGGGCAUUAUUAAAAAAUGCUAUACAAGAAAUACAGAAGAAAAAUAACAGCGGUCUUAGUUUUGAAGAAUUGUAUAGAAAUGCAUACACCAUGGUCCUACAUAAACAUGGCGAGAAACUGUACUCCGGUUUGCAAGAAGUUGUCACAGAACAUCUAGUGAAAAAGGUACAAGUAGAUGUACUUGCAGCAUUAAACAAUAAUUUUCUACUAACAUUGAACAGUGCCUGGAGUGAUCAUCAAACUUCUAUGGUUAUGAUAAGAGAUAUACUUAUGUAUAUGGAUAGAGUAUAUGUACAGCAGAACAAUGUGGAUAAUGUGUAUAAUCUCGGACUAAAGAUAUUUAGAGAUGAAGUAGUACGUUACCAGACAAUUAAUGAACAUCUAAGACACACACUCCUAGAUAUGGUGGCAAAAGAAAGAAGAGGAGAAGUUGUUGAUAGGGGAGCUGUAAAGAAUGCAUGUCAGAUGUUGAUGAUUUUAGGAAUAGAAACAAGACAAGUAUAUGUUGAAGAUUUUGAACAACCUUUCCUCUCAGAAUCCAGGGAAUUCUACCAGGCUGAGAGUCAGAAGUUUUUAGCAGAGAACAGUGCAUCAAUGUAUAUAAAGAAAGUUGAAGCUCGUAUAAAUGAGGAGGCUGAGAGAGCUACACAUUAUCUUGAUAAAACAACAGAGGAGCCAAUAGUUAAAGUUCUAGAGGAGGAAUUGAUUAGCAAGCAUAUGAAAACCAUUGUUGAGAUGGAGAACUCUGGGGUUGUACAUAUGCUCAAAAACAACAAAACAGAUGAUUUAUGUUGUAUGUACAAACUGUUGGUACGAGUACCAAAUGGUUUAAAGACAAUGUGUACAUGUAUCAGUGGUUAUCUACGAGAGCAGGGCAAAGCUCUGGUAUCUGAGGAAGGUGAAGAUGGCAAAAAUGCUAUCACAUAUGUACAGAAUCUACUUGAUUUAAAGGAUAGAUUUGACCAUUUCCUGCAUGAGUCAUUCAGCAAUGAUAAUCUAUUUAAGAAGAUGAUAUCAAGUGACUUUGAGUAUUUUAUAAACCUGAAUGCCAAGUCCCCGGAAUUUCUGUCCCUCUUUAUAGAUGAUAAACUGAAAAAGGGAGUAAAAGGGAUGACAGAGCAGGAGAUAGAGACUGUGUUAGACAAGAGUAUGGUAUUAUUCCGUUUUCUACAAGAGAAAGAUGUGUUUGAGCGAUACUAUAAACAACAUCUGGCACGUAGAUUACUGCUCAAUAAGAGUGUUUCUGAUGACUCAGAGAAGAAUAUGAUCUCCAAGUUAAAGACUGAAUGUGGCUGUCAAUUUACAUCAAAACUGGAAGGAAUGUUUAAAGACAUGACCGUGUCAAAUGGCUAUAUGGAGGAAUUCAGGGGCUUUAUAAACCAAGCUAAUGUAAAUUUACAGGGAGUAGAUUUAACUGUGAGAGUACUCACUACAGGAUACUGGCCCACCCAAUCUGCCACACCUAAGUGUAAUAUACCACAGGCUCCUAGAUCUGCCUUCGAACAGUUCAGAAGGUUUUACCUAGCCAAGCACAGUGGUAGACAGUUAACCUUACAACCACAGCUUGGGUCAGCUGAUCUGAAUGCAGUAUUUUAUGGUGUAAAGAAAGAGGACUCGAGUGAAAGUGUUGGUGCCAGCUCAUCUAAAGGUCCAAGAAAACAUAUAAUACAAGUGUCCACAUACCAGAUGUGUGUAUUGAUGCUGUUUAACAAUAGAGAUAAAUGGACAUACGAGGAGAUAAGAAGUGAGACUGAUAUACCAGAGAAAGAUUUGUUGAGGGCAAUACAGUCACUAGCUGUUG